UCAGUAAACAAACAUUUUUUUUCGCCGAAAAUUACAAAAUAGAUUAUCUAAAACGUAUAAUUGAUGCUUCAAAGCCAAUUGUGAAAGGGCUUUCAUAAUUUAUAGUGUAAAUUUCAUUACAAAUGGCCGGCAAUAUGCAAAGGGUUGUGCAUUUGGAUCUCAAAGGAGCUCCACCCAAGAUUGACUUCUUAGAAAAGGUAUUGCUAAUCAUAAAGUCAUGCGGUGGUACCGGGGUGUUGAUUGAAUGGGAAGACACAUUCCCCUAUGAGGGUGAGCUGGCAGAUAUUGGCAGUCACGGGAAUAGUGGAGGAGACGGAGUCUAUAAACCGGAAGAAGUGCAGCACAUAUUUAAUUUCAUCAAAGCAAAUGGUUUAUUACCUAUUCAACUGAUCCAAACCUUCAGCCACCUGGAGUUUGUGCUCAAACACCCCAAGUUUGCGAAGCUGCGGGAACUCCACGAGUCCCCAGCCUGCCUGUGUCCGUGCAAGCCGGAUUCCCUGCCGUUGGUGACCGCUAUGGUUGAACAGGCCUUGAACGCUCAGCCGGACGCGGAAUAUGUACACAUUGGGGCCGAUGAGAUAUGGCAUCUCGGAGUGUGCCCAGACUGCCAGAGCAGGAUAGCAGGCGACGUCGACGGAACCGCUGUCCUAUACCUGGACCACAUCCUAGCAGUGGCCAACUAUGUACGGAGCAUACGACCGAAUAUCACUAUAUUAAUGUGGGAUGACAUGUUGCGAGGGAUCAAGACGGAUAUUCUGUUGAGGUACGACCUAGGCAGCAAGGUCCAGCCAGUGAUCUGGGACUACAGCCCCAAGGAAGUGUUUCACAUCGGCGCUCCCCGCUGGAAUGUCUACAGCCAGUUGUUCCCGAGGGUGUGGGCCGCGUCGGCCUUCAAAGGCGCCAGUGGGGCUAACCAGAUAUUGGCCUCCACGUACCGCUAUGUGAGCAACAACGAAGCUUGGCUCAACGAGAUCAAACACAACGCUCCGGGCACCGUGUUCGCUGGCAUCAUACUCACUGGCUGGUCUAGGUAUGACCACUAUGCCACGCUAUGCGAACUGCUGCCGGUAGCAAUGCCGAGUCUGGUCAGUUGCCUCAGUUUGCUGACCAAACCUGAAGAUGUGCCUAUUGAAAUACACUAG